AUGUCGACACCACGAAUCAGUCGUUUCCCAAUCGCACUCGCUGUCAUUGUCCUGAUAUUCCUCACAACACUCUGGCAUGGGCGGGACAAUCUCCCACAACUGCCAAUGAACUAUAUCAAAGGGAAACUUCCACUCGCAGUCCGACCAACGUUCUACGAGAUAGCCGACAGCCAUGGAACGGACAAGGUCCAGUCACAUCACUACGAGCAGAUGUACGAACACCGCCUUGCGCCAUUCCAUGCCACCAUUUUCACCGGCGACCAGGCCAGUGUUCCGUUCAUGCAACAGUUCAUCGUGGAGGCUGGAGGGGAUUUCGACGUUAUCAUCGAUGAUGGGGGUCACACCAUGGAUCAGCAACGGACGUCGUUGAGUGUUCUCUGGCCUCAUGUGAAGCCGGGCGGGGUGUACUUCAUCGAGGAUCUUGCCACCAGCUAUCUUCCCGGGUUUGGGGGGGGUUAUGAGAAACCCGAUACCAUGUUGGGAGAUUUGAAGGAUAUGCUGGAUGAUAUUAAUAGGGCGGAUGGGAUUCCUGAUAAAUCUCCCAUUAGCAAGGACGUUAUCUCUCUAGAGUAUACACAAGAGUGUGUUGCUUUGACAAAGCGUCCAGAUUAUAAGACGCCGGUAAUCCACGAAGAUCAAUGUAUCAGAUUUCCCCAAGGGAAGCAUCAACAGCUCAACUUAAGAUGGGAAUCACAAGACUCAGCGCCAUCUAUUCAGAUGAGUAUGGCAGCACAAUGGCGGAAAUGGAUUUAUCCAGUCCUCUGGCUGAUCCUCGUAGGCUGUUUCUUCAAAGCCGUCCUCAGUCCAGCUGGUAGCAGCAGGUUCAAUUUCUCCUCCUUGUCAGCAGCCCUGGGGAAUACCACAAACUACACGAUUUUCUCGUCCCCAUUCCAUGCCUACAACUCUCUGAAAAACCACACGCGCGAUAAAACAGAUCCGAACCUCAGCGAGGAGCAUAUGACCGUCAAUGUCAGCACCAGCAUAAAAGCUGCCGUCGUUAUCGAGACCCGCCCAUCCGCUGGCAUCGUGCCUCUGGUGCUGCACUUUAGUGCCGUGCUUGGUAACGAGUGGCCGCUCAUCAUAUACACGUCCGCCGAGAACUUUGGCUCCUUUAGCACGUCCGCCGCCCUGCUUCGCCAUCAACGCAGCGGACGUAUUGUCGUUCGUCCACUCGCCGAAGGUGUCUUUUUCCCCAACUGGAACUCGGUGUCGGAUUUCCUGACUACGGAUUGGCUGUGGAAGGACCUGGCUCCGGCAGAACACAUCCUCUUAUUUCAGACGGACAGCAUUCUGUGCGGAGCUUCGGUCCGGAAGGUCGAGGACUUUUUCGAGUACCAUCUGAUCGGGGCUCCUAUUCAUCCGGUGUGGGGAAUUGGCUACAAUGGGGGUCUGAGUUUGAGGAGACGAAGUACCAUUUUGAGAGUGUUGGAGGAAUGGGAAUGGGUGAAGAACCCAAAUCCUCAUCCGGAGGAUCAGUGGUUUUACGCAAGGAUGAGGGAUCUUGAAGAUCGGGAGAUCGAGGAAGGGGUCGAGGAUGGCAUCAAGUUGCCGUCGGCGGAAAUCGCAAGAACGUUUGCCGUGGAAACGAUUGAUUAUCCCAAUCCACUAGGACUGCAUCAACCAACAAGGUUCAUCCAAAACCACAUGUUUAGUCUUGACGAAUGGUGCCCAGAGUACAGACUUGCGACGACCGAGCGUAUAAAUGGGUAA